AUGGGACAAAGAAACAGCCUGGAGGACUUUGAAAGUCAGUUCAAUGAUGUGAUUUCCAGACUGGAGUCCAGACAGUUGUUCCAGUCAGAAUGGGACAUUGCCUUUGCUGUUAUCUUCUUAGUCUUUUUUGGUUUGAUCUUGCUGAUGGUCCUUCUGGUUUUGAUCCGAUGCUGUUGCUGCUGCUGUGAAUCGAAGCCCAAACGCCAUAAAGUUGGGAUCGAGAACAUGUCCUUGGAACCAUGA